UCUCCCUUCUCCUCUCAUCGCAUUCCUUCAUUUCUCUCUGUUUUUUUUUUUCGCAGUUUAUUUCGAAAUCCUUCUUUAGCCUCACAGCAUCGCAUCACCGGAUACUCUUAUUUACAGCAAUGGGAUAUGAUUCAACAGGAUUUAUCAUGCGCAAUUUGCGAUUGGUUGUUUUCACCUAUCUGUACAGGGAGCGAGGGUUUCGGGAAGGCAAUGGCAACUUGCAAUUGGUUGUUUUGAUUGUGGGCGGGUUUAGGAUUUAUCCGGUAUUGUUACUGUGCAAUUACUUGUUUUGGUUGUGGGUAGGCUUAGGGUUUAUCGGGAAUUUCUUGUUUUGAUUGUGUGUAUGAAUUUCUUGUUUUGAUUGUGUGUAUGAAUUUCUUGUUUUGAUUGUGGGUGGAUUUAGGGAUUGUUCGGUAUUUUAACUGUGCAAUUUACACCAAAAUUAUAAGGAAUUUCUCUAUGAUAAAGAAUUUUUGAAUGAGAAAUAGAUCAACGAUGAUACAGACAGAAACUCUCUAAAGUAAUGUUACUUUUGCUUACGUUCACCUUUUCCGUUUCCACCUCUGUAUCUUGGUUCCCCAUUUCUGUGAAGUUGCUGCUGGCUGUUGUUGGAAUUUGUUUACUGUUGUUUAUUUCAAUGAUUUCUGGUUGAAACAAUUACUGACUUAUAGAAAAGAUAUAAACAUGUGUAUGCAGAAUCCAGUAGUAUUCCAUUCUUCCUUGAAUGAUUCACAAUCAGUUUUUACUGCAAAUCGGAUGAUAACUUAUCACUUUUGUCUUUAGUUGUGGUUUUAAAAGAGAAACCUGGUGAGUACAUCCUUCAAUUAUUUGUUUGUUUUCUGCUUUAAAGUUCUAAGAGAUAUCGCAUAUUAUUUCUGUAAUCUGUAUAUGAAUUUGUUAGAAGUAGUUGUUUAUAUAUGAAUCUUUCUUGCAUUUUCUCCUUGCAUGACCAUCUUAAUAAUUAAUGGCAUGCAUGCUCAUUUUCCCUUACUGUUGAUUCUUAAAAGUAUCAAAGAGAGGAAACACCCACUUUGACAGAGACUCAACUCUCAUCAUUCUUUGAAUCUGAAUCUGGGUGCUUCUCACCUCGCAAAACUACGUUUUUAUUUCCUCUCUGUAAAUCCACUAUGAGCUUCUUGGUCUGCUGUUAUAAUAGCUCUGGUUGGUGGUGUUCAUUGGGUUUUGGUUUGGCUAUUGCUCUGGCCUUAGGCUUGGUUUUGGCUAGGAGUGUGUUCAGUUGUGAUUUGAGUUAGUCUAGAUCAGUUUUGUCUUAGGCUUCGGGUCUUUGCUUUGGUUCAGGUGGUUUUAGGUUGGGUUCAGAUUUUGGCUUGGGUUUGGGUCUCAAUCUAGCUUUGGCAAUUCUUGGUUGGUUUCAAAGUUGAAUCUAGCUUUAGAUUGAGCUUUGCUUCAAGUCUUCGUCUGAAUCUCGGGUGAUUCUAGGUUGGGUUCGGACUUGACUUUUUUUUUAGAUUGGACUUGUUUCAAGUCUUGGUUUGAAACUUACUCGGAUGAUUCCAGGUUUGGUCAGACUUAAUAUUCUUUUAGAUCUUGUUUCAAGUCUUGUGUUGAAUCUAGCUUGCGUGACUCUGGGGCUUUUUUCAGACUUGAUUCUACUUUAGAUUGGUUUUGUUUGAAGUCUUGGUCUGAAUCUAGUUUGGGUGAUUCUAGUUUUGUUUCAGACUUGAAUUAUGCUUUAAAUUGAACUUAUUUUGUGCCUUGGUUUGAACAUAGGUCGGGUAGUUCCGGGAAUUUUCAAAUGUGAAUCCUGUUUUAGAUUGAACUUGUCUCGAGUCUUGGUCUAACUCUAGCUCGGGUGAUUGUGAUUUCCUUUUAGACUUGAAUCCUUCUUUAUUUAGGUCGAGCCUGUUUCGAGUAUUGGUUUGAAUCUAGCUUGGGUGAUUCCAGGUUAGUUCUAUACUUGAAUCAUGCUUUAGAUCGAACUUAUUUCAAAUAUAGGUCUGAAUUUAGCUCAAGUAAUUUUGGUUUAGUUCCAUACUUGAAUCCUAGUUGAGCAUGGGUUUGUUUGAAUAUGCUCGGGUGAUUCCAAGUUGGAUUAAGACUUGAAUCAUUUUUUGAUUGAGCUGUUUUAAAGUACCGAUUAGAAUAUAGCUUUGUUGAUUCUAGGCGGUUUUUAGACUUGAAUCAUGUUUUAGAUAGGACUUGUUUCGAGUCUUGGUUUGAGUCUAGCUCGGGUGAUUCCGUGUUGUUUUCAGACUUAUACUUGAAUCCUUCUUUAGAUUGAGCCUGUAUCGAGUAUUGGUUUGAAUUUGGCUCGGGUGAUUCCAAGUUAAUUCCAUACUUGAAUCAUGCUUUAAAUCGAACUUAUUUCGAAUAUAAAUUUGAAUUUAGCUAGAGUAAUUUUGGGUUGGUUCCAUACUUAUCCUACUUGAGGUUGGGCUUGUUUCAAGUCUUGGUUUAAAUAUGCUCGGGUGAUUCCGAGUUGGAUUAAGACUUGAAUCAUUUUUUUGAUUGAGUUGUUUUCAAGUACUCGUUCGAAUCUAGCUUUGCGCAUUUUUUAGACUUGAAUCAUGUUUUAGAUAGGACUUGUUUCGAGUCUUGGUUUGAGUCUAGCUCGGGUGAUUCCGUGUUGGUUUUAGACUUAAGAUUUAUACUUAAUCUUUCUUUAGAUUAAGCCUGUUUCGAGUAUUGGUUUGAAUCUAGUUCGGGUGAUUCCGGGUUAGUUCCAUACGUGAAUCAUGCUUUAGAUUGAAUUUAUUUCGAAUAUAGGUCUUAAUUUAGCUCGAGUAAUUUUGGGUUGGUUCCAUACUUCAAUCUUACAUGAGAUUGAGUUUGUUUUGAGUCUUGGUUUGAAUAUGCUUGGGUGAUUCCGAGUUGGAUUAAGAUUUGAAUCAUUCUUUUGAUUGAGCUGUUUUCAAGUACUCGUUCGAAUCUAGCUUUCUGCAUUUUUUAGACUUGAAUCAUGUUUUAGAUAGAAUUUGUUUCGAGUCUUGGUUUGAGUCUAGCUCGGGUGAUUCUGUGUUGGUUUCAGACUUAGACUUGAAUCCUUUUUUAGGUUGAGCCUGUUUUGAGUAUUAGGUUGAAUCUAGCUCGGAUGAUUCUGGGUUAGUUCCAUACUUGAAUCAUGCUUUAAAUUGAACUUAUUUCGAAUAUAGGUCUUAAUUUAGCUCGAGUAAUUUUGGGUUGGUUCCAUACUUGAAUCCUACUUGAGAUUGGCUUGUUUCGAGUCUUAGUUUGAAUAUGCUCGGGUGAUUCUGAGUUGGAUUAAGACUUGAAUCAUUCUUUUGAUUAUUAUUUUCAAGUACGGGUUCAAAUCUAGUUUUGUGCAUUUUUUAGACUUUGAGUCAUGUUUUAUAUAGGACUUGUUUCGAGUGUUGGUUUGAGUCUAGCUUGGGUGAUUCGCCGUUGGUUUUAGACUUAAGAUUUAGACUUGAAUCCUUCUUUAGAUUGAGCCUGUUUCGAGUAUUGGUUUGAAUCUAGGUCGGGUGAUUCCGGGUUAGUUCCAUACAUAAAUCAUGCAUUAGAUUGAACUUAUUUCGAAUAUAGGUUUUAAUUUAGUUCGAGCAAUUUUGGGUUGGUUCCAUACUUUAAUCCUACAUGAGAUUGAGCUUGUUUUGAGUCUUGGUUUGAAUAUGCUCGGGUGAUUCCGAGUUGGAUUAAGACUUGAAUCAUUCUUUUUAUUGAGUUGUUUUCAAGUACUAGUUCGAAUCUAGCUUUCCGCAUUUUUUAGACUUGAACCUUGUUUUUAGAUAGGACUUAUUUCGAGUCUUUGUUUGAGUCUAGCUCGUGUGAUUCCGUGUUGGUUUCAGACUUAAGACUUAGAAUUGAAUCUUUCUUUAGAUCGAGCUUGUUUCGAGUAUUAGGUUGAAUCUAGCUCGGGUGAUUCCGGAUUAGUUCCAUACUUGAAUCUUGCUUUAAAUCGAACUUAUUUCGAAUAUAAGUCUUAAUUUAGCUCGAGUAAUUUUGGGUUGGUUCCAUACCUAAAUCCUACUUGAGAUUGGGCUUGUUUUGAGUCUUGGUUUGAAUAUGCUCGGGUGAUUCCGAGUUGGAUUAAGACUUGAAUCAUUCUUUCGAUUACUAUUUUCAAGUACUGGUUUGAAUAUAGCUUUGUGCAUUUUUUACACUUGAAUCAUGUUUUAGAUAGGACUUGUUUCGAGUCUUGGUUUGAGUCUAGCUCGGGUGAUUCCGUGUUGGUUUCAGACUUAGACUUGAAUCUUUCUUUAGAUCGAACUUGUUUCGAGUAUUGGUUUGAAUUUGGCUUGGGUGAUUCCGGGUUAGUUCCAUACUUGAAUCAUGCUUUAAAUUGAACUUAUUUCGAAUAUAGGUCUUAAUUUAGCUCGAGUAAUUUUGGGUUGGUUCCAUACUUGAAUCCUACUUGAGAUUGGGCUUGUUUCGAGUCUUGGUUUGAAUAUGCUCGGGUGAUUCAGAGUUGGAUUAAGACUUGAAUCAUUCUUUUGAUUGAGUUGUUUUCAAGUACUGCUUUGAAUUUGGCUUUGUGCAUUUUUUAGACUUGAAUCAUGUUUUAGAUAGGUCUUGGUUUGAGUCUAACUCAUGUGAUUCCGUGUUGGUUUCACACUUAGAUUUGAAUCCUUCUUUAGAUCAAGCCUGCCUCGAGUAUUGGUUUGAAUCUUGCUCGGGUGAUCCGGGUUAGUUCCAUACUUGAAUCAUGCUUUAAAUCGAACUUCUUUCGAAUAUAGAUAUGAAUUUAGCUUGAGUAAUUUUGGGUUGGUUCCAUACUUGAAUCCUACUUGAGAUUAGGCUUGUUUUGAGUCUUGGUUUGAAUAUGCUCGGGUGAUUCCAAGUUGGAUUAAGACUUGAAUCAUUCUUUUGAUUGAGUUGUUUUCAAGUACUGGUUUGAAUCUAGCUCUGUCCAUUUUUAAGACUUAAAUCACGUUUUAGAUAGGACUUGUUUCAAGUCUUUUUUUCGAGUCUAUCUCGGGUGAUUCCGUGCUGGUUUCAGAUGUAGACUUGAAUCAUUCUUUAGAUCGAGCAUGUUUCAAGUAUUGGUUUGAAUCUGGUUAGGGUGAUUCCGAGUUAGUUCCAUACUUGAAUCAUACUUUAGAUCGAACUUAUUUCUGCGGGGGGUUUUAAGCUUCAUUGUAUGUAUUUUUUUUUCCUUUUCCAGAAUCCCUUCCCUACGUCGGAUCUUUCCUGAAACAUAACCUAGAACUAGUUUUAUAAUGGUCCUAAGGUAGCGAAAUUCCUUGUCGGGUAUUUCCCAUGCUGCUGAAGUUUUGGUUGAUAGAUGAUAUAUAUUAUAUAUGGCGUGUAAUAUAGGUUAAACAAAAAGCACAUAGCCAAUAAUGUGACUGGCUCUCUUGGGGCAUGGCUUUGAAAAACCCUACGCCCCCCAUUUCCUCUGCUCUUCUCCAAUCUUCACAAACAAACCACACACAGAUGAUAUUCUAGGGAUUGUGGACCAGGUGGGGCUUAGGUGAAGCCCAUUUGUUAAUAAUGAUCAUAUAUGAGAGAGAAGUUUUCUUGUUGGAUUGGAGUGUGAUGCACAGGUGGUUUCGACUCUCUGUUUUUUGUGUUUGACGAUAGAUUACCAGUUGGAUUUUGUUUUCAUCGUGUUCUUCUGUCACUUUUUUAUUCUCAUAGUAUCAUGAUUUUUCUUCCUAGUGAUGGUAGUGUGCUUUUGGUUUUGAAUUUUCUUCAGGUUUUAGACCCUGAGGCAUAAAAAAUAAUAAUAAAUCAGACCCAUUUUGGAGCUGAUUUUCGGAUACUCCAUGAUUUUUGUAAUUAGCCUAUGAUUCUAACUGAGCUCAUCAUUUUGCUAUUAUUACAUUAUCCUUUUUUCAUGAGCUGUAGUAUGUACUAUUCAUGUUUGUUACUAAACUUUCAUGUUGUCUGAUUGAGAUAGAUAUAGGCAAGAGUUGGAGCAGAGUUUCGAAGGUCCCCACGGACACAAGACUGACUGAUCUUUUUAAUUUGAUCAUUGCAGAUGAAGACAUUGGAAUUCUUUUUGUUUGGAGGAGGGGACACAGGAAGCAAAUAUAUAUCCCCAUUGCCUACAGCAUAGUAAAAACAGGCGACAUAAUUUUUUACUAUAACAUUAAGAUGUUACAUCAACAAACCGCUCAAAAACGCAUAUUAAAGUGAUUGGUUGGGUUGGAAAUGCGGAGUGGAGUAAUCCUAUCGUACUAGCUGCUCUCGGCGGGAUCCACGUGUUCAGUGACCGCUCGGCGGAAAAUGGAACUUGCUGAAAACGGAGCUCCGAUCAUAGCUGGUUUGCUGGUUUUUGAGGUUAAUGGAGAGAGGUUUGAGGUGCCGGAAAUCGAUCCAUCUACUACACUGCUCGAGUUUUUGCGCACCAAAACGCGUUUCCGGAGCGUCAAGCUCGGUUGCGGUGAAGGGGGUUGUGGAGCUUGUGUAGUUCUCCUGUCAAAGUAUGAUCCCAAGCUCAAACGGACUGAAAGUUUCACUGUCAGCUCCUGUCUUACUCUUCUCUGCAGCAUAAAUGGAUGCUCUGUUACAACUAGUGAAGGCCUUGGAAACAUUAAGGAUGGUUUCCAUCCAAUCCACCUAAGGUUUGCUGGAUUCCAUGCUUCUCAAUGUGGCUUCUGCACUCCGGGAAUGUGCAUGUCGCUUUUCUCGGCACUUGCAAAUUCUGAAAAGUCGGAUCAUCUGCAAGCGCCACCGGGGUUCUCAAAGCUAACAAUUUCUGAAGCAGAAAGAGCUAUAUCUGGGAAUCUUUGUAGGUGCACUGGCUAUAGGCCCAUUGCAGAUGCCUGCAAAAGCUUUGCAGCAGAUGUUGAUUUGGAGGAUUUGGGGACAAAUACCUUUUGGAGAAGGGGGGAUGCCAAGGGGAUCAGAGCAAGUAAAUUGCCCACCUACAAUCCGAUUGAUCAUGCUUGUUCGUAUACUGAUGUGACGAAAAGCGAACUCAAGUCCAAGAGGAUUUUGAAUUUUGAACAAUACUCGUGGCACACUCCUUUAACCAUCGAUGAGCUUCAAAGUCUUUUAUGUUCAGAUAUGGUAAGAAAUGGUGCAAUGAUCAAGCUAGUUGUUGGAAACACAGGUGAUGGCUAUUACAAAGAUGCAAAGAAGUACGACAAAUAUGUUGAUCUUAGGUCCAUUCCUGAGCUUUCAAUGGUCAGAAGGGAUGAACAAGGGAUAGAAUUUGGAGCAGCUUUACCAAUUUCGAAGGUAAUCUUGUAUCUGAAAUUAGAAAGUAAGACUAACACAAGCUCAGAUAGAAAAGUUUUAUUCACAAGAAUUGCAGAGCAUAUGGAAAAGAUAGCUUCCAUCUUUAUCAGGAACUCAGCCAGUAUUGGUGGAAAUUUGGUUAUGGCACAGAGGAAGCAUUUUCCUUCAGAUAUUGCAACACUACUCCUUGCUGUCGAUUCUAGUGUCAGUAUAUUGUCAGGUCAUGGACAAGAAAAAAUUUCAUUUGAAGAGUUCUUGUAUAGAUCACCUCUUGACCCAAAAGAUGUGCUCUUGACUGUUCACAUUCCAUUUCCAAAAUCCUCAGAGGUCCAGAAUUCUGUUGGACAGCAGCAUCCACGAGUUUUGCUUGAGUCCUACCGCGCUGCACCACGGCCACUUGGGAAUUCAUUGCCUUACUUAAAUGCUGCUUUCUUGGUAGAUGCUUGUUGUAAUGAAAGUGGAGUUCUAGUGAAUCGUGUUCGGUUGGCUUUUGGUGCUUAUGGCACAAAACAUGCAUCAAGAGCGACUAACGUGGAGGAAUAUCUGGCAGGGAAAGUGCUGAGUGUUGAAGUUCUGGAUAAAGCUGUUAAAUUAGUAAAAGAAGCUAUUGUACCUGAAGAUGGAACUUCAUAUCCAGCUUACAGAAAAAGCUUAGCAGUCAGUUUUCUAUUUUCAUUUCUUACUAAUCUCAUUAAUGAUUGUUCUGAUGUAAUUGGUGGCUCAAAGAAUGAUCCGAAUGGCAAGCUGCUGGAAAACGCUGCAAAAGUAUAUGAUAAAAUCAUGCCUAGUCCAAUCAAAGGGCCUACUUUGCUAUCAUCUGCAAAACAGAUUAUGGAAACUAAUAGAGAUUAUAAUCCAGUGGGGGAGCCAAUGCCUAAAUUUGGCGCUCCUAUCCAAGCUUCUGGUGAAGCCGUUUACGUAGAUGAUAUUCCUUCCCCUCCAAAUUGUCUGCAUGGAACGCUUAUUUGCAGCUCCAAGCCUCUGGUUCGAGUCAAGGGUAUAUCUUUUAAGUCUAAACCAGAGCCAACUGGAGUUGUUGACAUUAUCACUGCAAAUGAUAUUCCUAAAGGAGGAGAGAACGUUGGAGGCAUGGCCCAUUUCGGUUCUGAACCUUUAUUUGCUGAUGAAGUGACCAGGUUUGCUGGCGACUUCAUCGGGUUCGUGACUGCAGAUACACAAAAGCAUGCCAACUUGGCUGCAAGAAUGGCUUCAGUGGAUUAUGAUACCGAAGGUUUGGACCCUCCCAUUUUAACUGUCGAAGAGGCUGUAGAAAGAUCAAGUUUCUUGGAAGCUCCCUCUUUCAUGCUUCCCUCAAUGGUUGGCGAUUUUUCCAAUGGGAUGGCCAAUGCUGAUCACAAGAUUCUCUCUGCAGAGAUCAAACUUGGUUCACAAUACUGCUUUUAUAUGGAAACCCAAACUGCACUUGCAAUUCCAGAUGAAGACAACACCAUGGUGGUUUAUAGCUCAGUUCAAUGGCCGGAAUUCUUACAUAGAUCGAUUGCUAAAUGUCUUGGCAUUCCUGAGCAUAAUGUACGAGUCAUUACUCGCCGAAUUGGCGGAGGCUUUGGUGGGAAGCUACUAAGAGCCAUGACUGUUGCCACGGCAUGUGCGCUCGCAGCUCAUAAACUAAGGCGUCCGGUCAGAUGUUAUCUGGAUCGAAAGACGGACAUGAUAAUUGCAGGAGGAAGACAUCCUAUGAAGAUAAAAUAUGACGUUGGAUUCAAAUCUGACGGGAAGAUCACAGCACUGCAUCUCGACAUACUGAUUAAUGCAGGAAUAACAGUCGAUAUAAGCCCGUUCAUUCCUUUCACCAUGGUAGCUGCACUUAAGAAGUACAACUGGGGAGCUCUGUCUUUCAACAUAAAGCUAUGCAAAACAAACCAUUCCAGCAAAUCAGCUGUACGUGCCCCAGGGGACGUGCAGGGAACAUAUGUUGCCGAAGUUGUGAUAGAGCACGUCGCGUCCUUCCUGUCGUUGGAUGUGGAUUCAGUCAGAAACAUAAAUCUUCAUACAUACGAAAGCCUAUCAUUUUUCUAUCCUCAUUCAUCUGGCGAUCCUGUGGAAUAUACUUUGCCUUUGAUCUUGGAUAAGAUAGCCGAAUCAUCGAGCUACACAGAAAGAGUCGCAAGGGUAGAACUCUUCAACAAGUCCAACUUCUGGCAUAAAAGGGGCAUUUCUCGAGUCCCAAUUGUAUAUCAAGUGUCGGUAAAUGCAACACCGGGGAAGGUAAGCAUACUUUGGGAUGGAUCUAUAGUCGUAGAAGUUGGAGGCACAGAGAUGGGACAGGGGCUUUGGACUAAGGUUCGACAAACAACUGCCUACACUCUUACCUCAAUUCAAUGUGAUGGAAUGGAUGACCUUGUUGAAAAGGUCCGAGUCGUGCAGUCGGAUACCUUGAGCAUAGUACAAGGAGGCGUUACUUCAGGGAGCACUACGUCCGAAUCCAGCUGCGCAGCGGUUAGACUCAGCUGCAAUAUUUUGGUUGAGAGAUUAGUCCCUCUUGUGAAAGAACUGCAGGAGAAGACGGGUUCGGUGACUUGGGAUGACUUGAUUCUCCAGGCUCAGAAUCGAUCUAUAAACUUGGCUGCGCAUGCUUACUAUGUGCCAGAGUCGAGCUCUUCGGAGUACUUGAACUACGGCGCUGCAGUGAGCGAGGUGGAGGUGAAUGUCCUGACAGGACAAACAACGAUACUGAGAACAGACAUUGUUUACGACUGCGGCAAGAGCAUGAAUCCUGCUGUCGAUAUGGGACAGAUCGAAGGCGCAUUCGUGCAAGGCAUUGGGUUUUUCAUGCUUGAAGAAUACUUAGACAACAGCGAGGGCUUGACGAUCACAGACAGCACGUGGACGUACAAGAUCCCUACACUCGACACCAUACCUAAACAAUUUAAUGUCGAGCUGCUCAACAGCGGGCAUCACAAGGACCGCGUCCUCUCGUCUAAAGCUUGCGGGGAGCCUCCUUUGGUUCUGGCGGUGUCGGUACACUGUGCGACGAGAGCGGCCAUUUGUAGUGCAAGAAAACAGUCGAACAUCCCAUCGACAUUUCUGCUGGAUGUUCCAGCGACGAUGCCGGUUGUGAAGCAACUCUGUGGGCUGGACACCGUCGAGAAGUACCUACAGAGCUUGAGCUCUUCAAGCUAAGUCUCUCUCUCUCUCUCUCUCUCUCUCUCUCUCUCUAUAUAUAUAUAUAUAUGUGUUUGUGUCUGUAUGUAGUAUAUCCAUACUGCAUGCGUUUAGUUUUAAAUACAGUAUUUGUAAAUUUAGAUCGAUACUUAUACACAGUUCUAAAUAAAUUUUAUUGUUUAUUUAUUAAUAAUAUAUUAAUAGCAUGAAUUUUAUUACGAAUAAAA